GGUGUGCUGGCACCACGAUCAAGUGCAUCUAUAUGGCCAAGACUGCUGCACUGAGCCUGGCCAAUUCAUCGUGGCAGAGCGCGACCGUUUCUGCAGCACCACAGCAACAACUUCAACCUCAACUAGUGAACGGGACGUCGACGGCGUCGGGGUACCCCAACAACAACUUGGACGUGGCGGGACCUACCUCCGUCUCUGACGAAGACAUGCUCCAGAAGAUGGAGCGCAUGGUGUCCAAUCGCACGGGCUCACGUCGGAAGCAACCACCCUCGCCAUCCGACCACAUCGACACGUCCACUGCGACAUCCUCGUCAUCCCGUCUCCACUCGAGGCUUCUGGCUCGAGGUCCAUCGUCGCGGGCAACUGUGCGGGAGUCUCCUCGCGCGACGGUGUACCCCUUGGGCAACCAACCGAAUGCCACGUCAUCUACGGAUUCCAAGCGGCCAGCCGACGAGACCAAUGACGCCUCUAUGAACUACGACGACGACGGCAACGCCAAGGUGCUGCUUCCCCCCACCAACACUGUGACGUACCCCGGGGUCCAAAGCAGUAGCAACAAAGAGCCGCGACGGGAUACCAUGCCAAGUGACAAGCUCGAGAGUAUCACCAUCGGCACCCGCUCGUUCUCAAACUCGUCGUUGCAGCCAAGCAUUGUCGUCGCGGGAGGGUCCUCGUUGUCGUGCAAAGGCGCUGUGGGGCUGCAAAAUCUGGGCAAUACAUGCUUCAUGAACAGUUGCUUGCAGUGCCUGAACAACGUGCACAGCGUGAUGAAGUACUUUCGCAGCAACGCCCAUUUGCACGAGUUGAACGGAUCGAGUCCCACCGCGGGCAAGCUCGCCUGCGUGUUUGGGGAUUUAUCCCAAGCGUUGUGGAGCGGGGCAGAGUUUUCGUCGACGCGCCCCGUCGAGCUCAAGCGCGUGGUGGGGAAGCUCGCGUCGCGGUUUAUUGGGUACGACCAGCACGACGCCCAAGAGUUUCUCCGGUUUCUCCUCGACGGGUUGCACGAAGACUUGAACCGGAUUCUGAAAAAACCCGCCUACUAUGAAAUCCCAGAUCGUCCGCAUGCCCCCGAGCGCGACCUGUCGGACGAGUACUGGCAGUACUACAUCCAGCGCAACGCAAGUGCCUUGUCCGAGCAGUUUUGCGGCCAGCUGCGAUCCGAAGUUACCUGUCAAACAUGCAGCCAUCGGUCCAUAUGUUUCGACGUAUUUUGGGACUUGUCGGUACGCGAUACUCCACUAGUUCCUACUAGUAUUGUCUAGUAUCUUGUACCCCAUGUUUGGACUUUUGAGCUAAUUCGCCAAAGCCAUCGAUCGAUUCUUUGUAGUUACUGAGUUUGGUAUGUAAAAAAGUGUCCUGUGGGGAUUGGUAUCACACUAAUUGAAGUCACACACUAAUUUGACGUUGAUGAUAUUUCCUAUAAUUAGAUUUGGCUAAAUCAUUCUUCUGUACAUUUGGUUGUGUCGAUUCGAGAUGGAAAAACCAAAAUAAUCGGGUGGAGAAUAUGAUUGGCCACUUGAAUACAGUUCUGGGUUUGGUCAUUAUCGAAUCCCAGUCGAUGCAACGCUAUAUAUUUGUUUUGAAUGGACAAUCAACCACGUCACAUAUACUUACUGUAUGUGUCCUCACGAGAACGUCAUGUUGAAAGUUACCCGUGCCGAAAAAAGCCAAAGGCGGCGCGAUCCGCUUUGGCGCGUUCAAGUCCACGUCUUCCAACGAAGACACGUCCAUGUGCACAGUGCACGACUGUCUACGGGCUUAUACGGAGGAAGAGCACAUGAAGGACGAGGACGCGUUCUACUGCGCCAAAUGCAAAGCCCAUCGGUCUGUGGUCAAGUCCAUUUGCCUGCAGCGGUGCCCGAAUGUGCUCGUGCUGCACCUAAAACGGUUCUCGUACUCGACGUUCAGCCGCGACAAAGUGUCCACGGCGGUGAAAUUCCCCACCGAAGGGCUCGAAAUCAAAGAAUUCUGCAGCAAAGACAACAUCUGUAACUACACUCUAUUGUAUAUUAUUGUCAUUCUAUUACCUAACAUUUGGACUUUUGAUUAUUCGCCAAAUCUAUCGAUCGAU